AUGAUUCCCACCAAGCAACUCAGCCUGGCAGGUCUGGUCUGGCUCAGCCUUGCCAACCAGGGAUUUGCCCUAGAAAUUGGCCAAACCUCUAGUGGCCUCAACCUUGUUCAGAGAGACCCUCUCCCCAGCGGUAAUCUCAAAGUUGCUCUUGCCCCAGGCCAGAAGUUACCCAAACUCCCCAGAGACAUGAAGGUAGCACUCGCCCCAAACCAGAUCAUGCCCAAGAUCAAGCACCACCGCCACUCAAAGCGAGACGAAGAGGAGCUUGAGAUUCGCCAGCCUAUUCUCCCUCAUGGAAGUCACCGCUCUAACUUCGGUGGUCGGAUGAGCCGCGGUGGUCACAGACCGCGGGAUGUUGAAGAGCGCGAUCUUGACCUCGAGACUCGUGAGCCCAAGGCCUUCCACGGCGGUCACCGUGCUGGUCGUCGACAUGGCCCCCGGGCUGUAGACGAACUUGAUGAGCGUGACUUGGAGGAGCGAAAGAUCUCCGCCAAGGGUGUCGCUAAGGGCAUUGGGCCUGCUCUUCCGUGA